UCAUAACCUUUAUAACGAAACGACGUCGAGUUUUAUCGAAAAAAAAUAAGUUUGUUUUUUGUGUUCUGUGAGACUUUGUGUUGCUUUGUGUAAACAUGACUUCUAAUAUUAAAAUAGUUAUAACUUUUCUGCUAAUAGCUUGUGUAACUGUAUUGGCACAAUUUUCCCAUCCAAGAAAACCUCAUAUAUGUGGGCCAGAUGAAUUUAAGUGUAAGUAUGGUAACAAGUGCAUUCCCGCAGCCGGCAGAUGUAAUGGCACCGUGGAGUGCAAGGACGGCAGCGAUGAGACGUUCGUGCUCUGCAGGAAUAAUACAUGUCCAGAACUGGAUUUCCGGUGCACAUACGGCGCGUGCAUGAACUCGACAGUGCGCUGUGACGGCAAGCAGGACUGCGCUGACAACUCUGAUGAACUUAUACCUCUUUGUAGAAACGAUUUCACUGAUUUUAAUAUCUGCACAGAACGCCUCAUAGACGACCGCCAGUACUCCCGAUCGGUGGACUGCAACAAUCUUCGUUUAAAAUGCGACAACGGACAAGUUCUGAAGGAGCCAACUCGCUGUGAUGGCCACGUGGACUGUGAGGACGGGUCUGAUGAAACGUUAGCUAGGUGCGCCGAGGCGGAGUGUGUGCCACCCCUGUUUAGGUGCGCUUAUGGUGGCUGUGCGUUUCCGAAGGCUGCUUGUGAUGGGAUUGAAGACUGCGCCGAUGGCUCCGACGAGUCGUUCGAGCUCUGUGGCAGAGUACUGCCUUCUAAAACUACCACAACACCCAAACCAGUGUGCACCCUGCCCCCUCCACCACAGAAUGGCAGCUACACCAUGGGAGGCACGGUAACGGGUGUUCCAGGACAGACCUUCCCGUCCUUCAUGCUGAAGUUCACUUGUGAUGAGCCGUACGAGAUCCUCGGAGCGAGCACACUGUUCUGCUUCGAUGGACAGUGGACUGAGAAUGUACCGACGUGUGUUCGCUUCUGCAACCUCCCAAAGCAUUCCACAGUACAGUACCUCUGCCAGAUAUCUGAUGAGGAGGUGUACAACGGCUUCCGGGAGUGCGAGGAGAAGGAGCCUGAGGGCACCGUGGUGGACCCUCAGUGUCGGCCCGUGUACUACUAUCCGGGGAACUUGAGGUAUAUGAGGUGCGUUGACGGCGAAUGGGAUCAACUCAUCACGUGUAUACCAGAAUGUGGCAGACUAGGCACUCCAGCAGAUGCGCUACUCCUGGGCAGCCAGGGUCGGGAGGCGCGGCGCAACGAGCUGCCGUGGCACGUCGCCAUCUACCGCCGGGCUGACCACCGGCAGAUCUGUAGCGGAACUAUUGUUAAGCAUGAUGUUGUUAUAUCAGCUGCCCAUUGCUUCUGGAACAAAAGAGAUUUACACCCAGCCUCCAACUACGUGGUGGCUGCCGGCAAAUUGUAUAGAAGAUGGAACCAUCCCAACGAUACCCACGUGCAGACCUCUGACAUUCGAGAGAUCAGCGUGCCAGUGCGUUUCCUAGGUUCAGACACGAACUUCCAGGAUGACAUAUCAUUAGUGAAGCUGGUCAGCAGUCUGGAGUACUCCAUCCACGUGCGACCAGUCUGCAUAGACUUCGACUUCGAAUUUGAUGCUCGACAGCUGAAAGUUUUUAGCGUUGGAAAGAUCGCCGGCUGGGGUAGGACAGCGAGCGGCAAUUUCUCCGAGAUCCUGAAGGUAGCUGAUGUGCCGUACGUGUCGAUACAAGACUGCAUCAGUGACACGCCCGAGGGAUUCCGGGUGUAUAUCACUAGCGAUAAAAUAUGCGCUGGUUAUAAGAAUGGUACAGCACUAUGCGAGGGCGACAGCGGCGGCGGCCUAACAUUCCCCGCCCGGGAGCGCGGCACCAUCCGUUACUACCUACGAGGCGUUGCGUCUACCGCGGUCAACAACCAACGGUUGUGUAACGAAGCUACAAUUACUAGCUUUACGCAUGUCGUCACUCAUGCGAGGUUCAUACAGGAACAUUUGUGAUAUAAACGUCUGACCGUUGGAAUAUAAACAUCUGACCAUUCGUGAUAUAAACGUCUGACCAUUUGUAAUAUAAACGUCUGACCAUUUGUAAUAUAAACGUCUGACCAUUUGUAAUAUAAACGUCUGACCAUUUGUAAUAUAAACGUCUGACCAUUCGUGAUAUAAACGUCGGACCAUAUUUAAUGUAAACGUCUGACCAUUUGUUAUAUAAACGUUUGAUCAUUCGUGACAUAAACGUCUUAGGCGUCGUCCUAAUUGGCAGCGAUCGCACGAUGGCGCGA